UUUCUGUGUCUCUCCCCCCUCCCUCUCUGUCCUCUGUCUCUCCAUCUCCCUGUGUCCGUCUCGGAUUCGUGUGAGCAUGUGCAUCCGGCGCUGACCAUAAGGAAGGGGUACGAGCUGACCGGCGGCUGGACGGGAUCCCGGACUGAGGUCUGGAUGCGGCAUCGCCCCUGGACCCUCUCCUCCCCAGACCUGUCUCCACCGGCGUCCGCCUCUGUGACCUUGGGGGCCGCCACCACGGAGCCCUCCAAGGAAGGCCGCGGCCCCGGCCCGGGCCCCUGCCCCCUGGACGGGGCCUUCUGGAUCGCUCGUCCCCCGGGCGCCCCUCAACCCGGCUGCUUCACCUGCGUGUCCAAGCCCCCGGCCCCGACCCCGGCCCCGGCCCCGACCCCCGCCCAGGCCCCGGCCCUGUGCCCCAUGGAGGCCAAGGGGUGCAAGGGCGACCCCCCGUUGCGCCCCCCGGUCGGGCAGCCCCCCUGCAAGCACCCACCCGGGGAGGGCAAGGCGGCCGCCGUGGUCGAGAUUUAUCCGGACUCCACGGCCGUCAACGACUACUACCUGUGGUCCAUCUUCAACUUCGUCUACCUCAACUUCUGCUGCCUUGGGUUCAUCGCUCUGGCCUACUCCCUUAAAGUCCGUGACAAGAAGCUCCUCAAUGAUUUGAACGGAGCCGUGGAAGACGCCAAGACGGCCCGGCUCUUCAACAUCACCAGCUCGGCCCUGGCCACCUUCUGCAUCAUCCUCAUCUUCAUCUUCCUCCGGUAUCCGCUCACCGACUACUGAGACACCUCCCCACCUCCCAACCUCCACCCCAUCGGUUUCCCCCUGCUGGACGCACGACACUCCCCCUCCGCCCCCGCAGGAGGGCAGUUUUCCUUGGACAUUUUUACUGGGGGUGAGGGG